GGAAGUUCCUUCUUUCUUUCUUUUCUUGUGAGGAGAUACUGCCAUCAAAAAAAUGAUUGGCUCGAAAAUAAUUAAAUCAGGUGGAGCAGAGCCCGAUGAAUUUGAAAAAUCUAUUGGACAAGCUCUUUUAGAGCUUGAAUUAAACUCGGAGUUAAAACCUCAAUUACGUGACUUGUACAUAACACGUGCAAGGGAAAUUGAAUUCAAUAAUAAAAAGGCCGUAAUCAUUUAUGUCCCGAUUCCAAAACAAAAAGCUUUCCAAAAAAUUCAAACUCGUUUAGUUCGUGAAUUGGAAAAAAAGUUUUCUGGAAAACAUGUAGUAUUUAUUGGAGAACGAAAGAUAUUACCGAAACCAACACGGAAAACACGAAAUCCAUUGAAACAAAAACGGCCAAGAUCCAGAACUUUAACCGCCGUAUAUGAUGCUAUUUUGGAAGAUUUAGUUUUCCCAGCAGAAAUUGUUGGUAAAAGAAUUCGCGUUAAGCUGGACGGAUCGCAAUUAAUUAAAGUUCAUUUGGAUAAAAAUCAACAAACAACGAUUGAACACAAAGUGGACACAUUCACAUCAGUGUAUAAAAAAUUAACAGGUCGGGAUGUAACAUUCGAAUUUCCAGACAAUUAUUUGUAAAAAAAUUUCAUAUUACAUGAAAAAAUAAAACAAAAAAAAAAGAAAA